GGUCACCAGUGACGGGAGGCGCCUGGUUUUCUCCCUUCUCAGUCUACUUUCCUCACUUUUCAAGCGGGAGUCGGAGUGUGUAUGGGGGAGGGAAAUGGUGAUGUUCCACCCAGUCCCUGCCCAGACUCCCUGAAUAGCUGGGUUGUUUCCACCACUACAACCAGCAGCGAAAUGGCUGAUGGUGUCAAAUAUUGUACAUCCCUGUCAUUAGGCUCCAGAGUUAACGGUCAGUUGAGAUGAACUUGGGGGGCCAGUCACACCUCUUUCCUAACCAUGGAGCUACACAGCAAGCUCCAUGUCUGGUGUAAAUCCAUUGUCUCCAAGUCUCAGCCAGGCCUUGUGUCAUGGCACUGGGAACAGCUCUGGCCUGCCUCCAUCAGAAGCUGCAUCUGAUUCAGGGGGCUCAUUGCUGACUUGUAUCUCAUGUUUGCUGUGAUGCUUUGGGAAUGGGAAGAACGUGUGGAAUAAGAGGAGUUUCAGUCUCCCCUUUGCUUCAAGAAUCAUUUCCCAGGGCCCUGCCCUCAGGACAUCAACCCCUCCGCCUACCCUGCCGACUUUCGCAGGGGUGACGAGGACAUGGGGUGGGUGCCCCAGGACCAUCAGCAGGCAGCCAACUGGGAUUACCGACACAGGAGAUGCGAGGAAGGCUUCAGGGACAGGCGGCACUCACCCUUUUCCCGAGACACUGAACCUUAUCCAGCUGACUUUUACGGGGGUGACAACGGUGGGUGCUGGGCACCCCAGGACCAUCCGCAGCCAGCCAGGUGGGAGAACCAACCCGGGAGGCACGAGGAAGGCUUCAGGGAUGGGUGGCACUUGGCCACGCCACCUAACCAGCACUGCCCGAAGUCAGUAUCAAGGGAGGAACAUGGCAACUCCUGGGACAGGGAGCAAGGCUUCUUCCCCAGGAAAUAUGGCCGCGGCUGGAAGCAUCACCGUGGCCCUUUCCGAGGCGGCUACUGGGGGAAAUUCGACCCUCACUACCACCGCAUUCAGUCUUGCUCCUCCAGAGAAAAGUUCAAGUCGUCCAGGUCAUCGGCCUCCCGCUCCCCAGAGAGAUGCUCGGCGUCGAGUAGAAAGAAAAGUGUUUCUUCUAAGACCGAGAAAGCGAAAACAGCAGCGCCCAAGAAGCCUGGAAAAUCCAAGAAAGACUCCACAGCUCCAGUGGAAGUACCCAAACUGCCCCAGGUCCACGCGGAAGCUAGCCAGACAGCCACAGACCCUUCCAGCCAGGCUGGCUCUGCGCUGGAUACUGAACCCCCAGAGUCACCUGAAACCACAGAGGAUCUUUAUCCCAUGAGAACAGAAGGAACUGAGCUGGGCCACCGUUCAGUCCUGCACCCACAGGUCCCGUCCUGCCCUGGGACAGUCCUCAUCCAUCUGAAAUCUCUCCAGGUCCAGCUGGGGGCCAGUCUGGAGGUUGCAGACAAUCACAGCCAGGCCGGCUGCACUCUGGCAACUGACUCAGUCCUGGCUGACACCCCGGAGGAUCUUUGUCUCCCUGAGGAAGAAAUCGAGAUGGUCCAGUUGGAAGCCAGCCACGAAGCCACAGACCGUUCCAGCCAGGCCGGCUCUGAUCUAGCUGCUGAGCCACCAGCCCCACCUGAAACUACAGAGGAGCUUCAUCCUAUCAGAACAGAAGAUACUGAGCUGCUCCAGCUGGAAGACAACCUGAAGGCCUCGGAUCUUCUCAGCCAGGCUGUCUCUGCUCUAGCUACUUUACCUCCAGUCUGGUCUGAGAUCACAGAGGAGCUGCCUCCAGUGGGAAAGGAAGAAAUUGAGCUGAUUAACCUCCUUCCCUCACCCUGUCUGAAAUCAACACAGGAGCAGCUGGCCGCUCAUCAGGAGGAGCCUUACCAAGCCUGCUCUGCUCUGGCUGCCCCGUCGGAGACCAUGGAGUACCUUCGUUCUGCUGCCAUACUGGCCAGAAAGGAAGAAAUUGAGCUGUCCUACCAGCAGUCCAGCCUGGCCUUCGCUGUGGUGGCCACCAUGCUGCUGCAGAAGGAGCCUUCCAUGGAGGCGGCGAUGGGCUCUGCGCUGCGGGCCAACCUGCGGCAGGUCGGCGGCCACUGCCUGCAGGAGCUGGAGCACUUCAUUCGCAGCUACGAUUCGGGCUCCGCCCGCUUGUGA